UGGGCAGUUUGUUAGGGUGCUGAUAUCAAAUUCAAAUGAGAUAAUGAACAACGAUGGAACCAGGUGAAAACGUUUUUAUUUCACACUGAAACUAUCCCUGAAGUGCAAGGUGAAUUGUUUUUUUGAAGAAUCCAAGAUGACAGAUAAAACCAUGAAAAUAUUGCCGGAAGAUGUGGCGAUUUAUAUAUUUUUUAGGCUUCCAGUGAAAUCUCUAUCGCGAUUCAAAUGUGUUACCAAAAGUUGGUACACUCUCAUAAAAUCGUCUAAUUUCAUCAAUCUUCAUCUCAACCGAACCACUACCACCAAAGAUGAAUUCAUUCUCUUCAAGCGAACCCACAAAGAACCCCAAGGAUUUAAAAAUAUUUUGUCUUUUCUUCUCAGUGCUGAUGGUGAAGAUGAUCUUGAUUCUAUUUCUCCUGAUCUUGAUGUGCCAUAUCUGUCUACUAGUUACGGUAGUAUUUUUCAUCAACUCACUGGUCCUUGCACUGGUUUGAUUUUUUUGACAGACUCCAUAAACUUUGUCUUAUUAAAUCCAGCUACUAGAAAUUAUAGGCUUCUCCCAUCUAGCCCUUUUGUUUGCCCUCGGGGUUUCUAUCGUUCUAUUGGUGGUGUUGGAUUUGGCUAUGACUCUGUUAAAAAUAAAUAUAAAGUAGUUAGAAUUUCAGAAAUUUACGGGGAUCCUCCGUUCAAUGAUCCCAGUGUGGUGGAGUGGAAAGGUGAGGUUUAUGAUUCGAGCACUGAUUCUUGGAGAGAACUAGCUAAUGUGGAUCCCGAGUUGCCCUGGCCUUAUACGUUCCCUUUCUCUGAGAUGUUUUUCAAGGGAGCCUUUCAUUGGUAUGCCCACAGAAAUAUGGUGGUAAUUCUUUGUUUUGAUAUCAGUACUGAAGUUUUUCGCACAAUGCAAGUGCCUGAAACUUGUGCUUCGUACGACGAGAAAUGUCAUAGCCUCGCAGUCUUAGAUGAGUCUCUAACCUUUAUUUGUUACCCUGACCCAAAGAGAGAAAGUAGUCCAGUACAAGAAACAACUGACAUUUGGAUAAUGCUGGAGUACACUGUAAACGAGUCUUGGAUUAAGAAAUAUACAAUUAAAUCUCCUCCUAUUGUAUCCCCAUUGGCAGUUUGGAAGGAUUUUCUAUUGCUUCUUCAAGACAAAAGUGGAUUUCUGAUUUCAUACGAUCUUAAUUCUGAUACAGUCAAGGAGUUCAAAUUAGAUGGCUAUACUGGAAGUUUGAGAGUAAUAGUUUACAGCGAAAGCUUGAUUCCAAUUCCUUUCGGUAGUACACAAGUUCAAAAAUUUCAGUGAAGGUAUUACUCCUUAACUGAAGGAAUUGCACCUGCUUUUGAAAAACUAUUCAUGAACAUAUGAACCAUUAGAUCUUUGAUGUGGCGAGCAGCUUGUUUUAUGAAUUUUUCAGCUAUUGGAAAUUGCUUUCCAUGUCAACAUACAGAUUUCCAUGCGUUGAAAAUUUAGUGAAAGCCAA